AGUCCAUAGAUGGAAUACGGAAGUCCAUAGAUGGAAUACGGAAGUCCAUAGAUGGAAUAUGGAAGUCCAUAGAUGGAAUACGGACGUCCAUAGAUGGAAUACGGAAGUCCAUAGAUGGAAUACGGAAGUCCAUAGAUGGAAUAGUCCAUUGAGUAAAAACACCUGAAUUGUGUAUAGAACUUUUUUAGCCUGAAGGUUGAUAAAAAUACAAUCAUUUUCAUAUUUUCCAUGAAUGGUCUAAUCUCCUAAUGAGUGACAUGAUGAAACAGCAGCACUUUCACAGCCAUUUUAAGAUAAGAUAAGAUAAGAUAAGCCUUUAAGAUGAAAGCCUGGACCUAACAUAAUGUUGGACUCCUCAAAUACUUGUCUUCUCAUGGAAAAGAACAUUUUUCCUGGGGUGCUGGGGUUGUACUUUGUUGUACUUUGUUGUACUUUGUUGUACUUUGUCCACUGUGGUGUAAGUCAAGGACGUUACCAAAUCUAAUGUGUCUAAAAGAACAUUUGUUGUUCUUUCAUGCCUUUGUUGGACCAAAGCAGCAGCCUUUAUUCACCAGCAUGACGUCAUCACAGUCCCCCCCCCCCCCCCAAUGUAGUACCGUGUUUUUCUAAAUACUUGACUUUAGUACCAUGACGCCACAAAACAUGUUGCAGUACCACUGCAGUGUAGUAAGCAUUGGCUUCCUGCUGUGGCUAACCUGUUAGCUUAAUGGCUAUGUCUAUGCAUGGUAGACUCAUCAUCAUCAUCAUCAUCAUCAUCAUCAUCAUCAUCAUCAUCAUCAUCAUCAUCAUCAUCAUCAUCAUCAUCAGAAAUGGAGGAGCUUCCAAGGUUGGCUGUCAUUUGGGCUAAUUUCCUUUGUCUUUGCUCAUUGAUGUCUUUCUCACGCUCUCGGUGGCGUUUGGACCGGCACCACCUUCGUGGUACCUUCGUGGUACCUUCGUGGUACCUUCGUGGUACCUUCGUGGUCGCGGAGGAUCGACCCGAAAUUGUUUUCCUGACUAGACUGAUGGCUGGAUGAUCCAUUGGUUUCUGUUCACGGUGAAUGCUGACUGAGGGAAGGGAUGAGAUCCGGGACCUCGUUCCAAGGAAUACAUCUCCAUGGCAACAUAUGCCAGAACACGCCCACUAUCAGCCCUGGUGCAACCGGAUCACAGAUCAAUUGAACCCUAUGUCAGGGUUUUGUGUCAGGGCCCCAGAACCAGACCCAUGUGCAGUUACCGUCAACAAACAAGCCCCGCCCUCGAGGACGAUGAUUGGCUGCCGUGCAUGCAAUGGAGGAGUUGGUGCACGAGCUCCGCCUGUUCCUCCAACUUCUAGAUCGGGAGUAUCUUAGCGCCGGAAUCCGAGAGAAGAAAACACACCUCUCCAACAUCCUCAACAGGGUCAUCUCCGAGAAAGAGCUGUUAUGUAAGCCAGACAUCCACACUGGACUGCCCGCCCCGCCUCAGAUGCCACUGCCUGAAAUCCCUCACCCGUGGCUGCCCCCAAAUGCCGGCCCGCCACCUUUGCCAAGCUCCUCUCUUCCAGAAGGUUACUAUGAGGAAGCCGUCCCGUUAAGUCCUGGGAAAGCCCCGGAAUACAUCACCUCCAAUUUUGAUUCUGACGCCAUGAGCAGCUCCUACGAGUCAUACGACGAGGAAGAGGAGGACGACAAGGGCCAGAAGAUGCGCCACCAGUGGCCAUCUGAGGAGGCGUCUAUGGAUUUAGUGAAAGACGCCCACAUCUGCGCCUUCUUACUGCGGAAGAAACGCUUCGGACAGUGGUCCAAGCUCCUCUGCGUCAUUAAGGAUAACAAACUUCUGUGCUACAAAUCGUCCAAAGACCACACCCCACAGAUGGAGCUAACCCUGACGGGCUGCAGCAUCACCCACGUCCCCAAAGACGGCAAGAAGAAGAGACACGAACUGAGGAUUGUCCACCAGGGGGCGGAUGCGCUGGUGCUGGCCGUCCAGAGUCAAGAACAGGCAGAGCAGUGGCUCAAGAUCAUGAGAGAGGUGUGUGGCAGUGGGAUGUCGGAACUGGACCGCUCCGGAUCCCCCGUAUACAAAGCUGAGCUGGAAAAGAAAUCGUCGUGUGACAGACCAAGCUCAGAUGGCGAAGCAACGCCUGAGAAUGGACACGUGGACAAGGACAAGGACAAGGACAACGCGAAAGGCAAGAAGAAUUCCAAGUCAGAGCAGAAGACCGGAACAGCUGGAAAGGGCACCGGGAUGAAGAUCACCAAGAUCAUCGGUCUGGGCAAGAAAAAACCUUCGAUGGAUGAGCAGACCUCAUCAGCGGAGGAAGACGUACCAACUUGUGGGUACCUGAACGUGCUGUCCAACAACCGCUGGCGGGAGCGUUGGUGCCGCCUCAAAGACAACCAGCUGCUGCUCCACAAGGACCAGGACGACCUGAAGAGCCACAUCGCUUCCUUGCCCCUGCGAGGCUGUGAGGUCAUCCCAGGCCUCGACCACAAGCACCGCUUCGCCUUCCGCUUGCUCCGCAAUGGACAGGAAGUGGCCGUACUGGAGGCGUCGUCAUCGGAAGCCAUGGGUCGAUGGCUGGGGGUCCUAUUGGCUGAGACUGGCUCCACCGCAGACCCGGCCACGUUGCACUACGACUACAUCGACGUGGAGACCACCGCUAACGUCAUCCAGCUGGCCAAGCAGUCCCUGUGUUUUACCAGCAAACGGGCCAUCUCCCCUAACCCGUACUUGGACAACCCGGUCGGCAGCUACGCCCGCCCCAGCGGCACGGCGCUGCACUACGAUGAUGUGGCCAUCGACGGAAUGUCAUCCAGUACCACCACAGGGGGGCGUCCACCGCAGGAAGCAGCACUGUACGAAAACACGGCCCCAAACAAGCCCUCUUCUCCCGCUCUUUCUUCUUCUGCCACCACAGCCGCUACGAGUCACUACCAAACACCCGUUUCCGACGUCUCCUCUAAGAUCCUAACUCGUGAUACUAAAAAGCAAUACCCUGCUAAGCUAAAGGGGAAGAUGGGAACGCCAUCAAACGGCUCAGCAUCCAAACACAAGGCUGAUCCCAAACAUCUGCAGAAGAAGAACGGACCUAGCGACGCGAACGGGACGGCAUCUCUGAAACGCAACACCUCAAGUGCAGAGCAGGUUAAGUACGGCAAAAACCGCGUGGAGGCGGACGCCAAGCGACUGCAGGCCAAAGAGAACGAGCUGAUGAAAAAGAAACACGAGAUCCGGAACCAUCUCACCAGUCUGAAGCAGGAGAGGAAGGACCUGCGUGGCACUCUUGAGGGGACGUCAGCAGGCAAGCGGUCGCAGGCCACCUUAGCGGAACGCCUGAAGAAGGUGGAGUCGGAGUGCAGACAGAAGGAGGAAGAGCGAGUCAACCUGGAGCUGGAGCUCACGGAGGUCAAAGGCAGCCUGAAGAAGGCCCUGAACGGAGGAGUCACCCUGGGCCUGACCAUAGAACCGAAAACGGGAUCCUCUGCCGUCCAGUCACCUGCUGCAACACGACGGGCGCAGGAGUCGGCGGCCUUCUCCAGUUGCGACACCAGCGACGCCGAGAUGUGCUUGCCAGUUAAUAGCGCUACACUGCUCCGACGCCAACCGCUGGGCAUCCAGAAGGCGUCGCCAGUCCGAGGUCACGUCCUGAGGAAAGCCAAGGAAUGGGAACAGAAGAGUGGAACAUAAAAUUCCUUUCCAACAUUCUUCCUUUUUCUGAUGUUGAAAUUGUGUAUAUAUUUAUUUAGAAUGUUUGUUUGUAUUAACCACAAAACAACACUUUUAUACUGUUGAGCAUGCUUUCUUCCUUUCACUCCGGUCAACACAUUGAAAUAUUUAUUUGUAAAGAAAAAACAAGACUAGCUUUUCUCUUAUUUAUGUUCAUUUAUAUUUAAAGUAUAUAUAUAUAUAUAUAUAUAUAUAUAUAUAUAUAUAUAUAUAUAUAUAUAUAUAUAAAUUUCUUUAAGUGCCCAAAGUGUUUUGUUUUUGUUUUUUUGUGGUUUACUUUUGGCUUUUGCUUUUACUUUAAAAUGGUUCUUUGAAACACUCUGUAAGAAAAGAACAAUGUUUUUAGUUGGGUGGUCACUUUAAAAAAUAUACCACUGAAUUGACAUUCCUUCUUUGAUUGUUUGGAGCAAUAUUUAGUCUACCUUGUAGACUAAGAGUCUGGGGACAUUUGGUUCCAUCAGAAACGGCUAGCUAGCUAUCAAAUUUUCGUUCCGUCGAGGCAGCCAUGAUUGACUUUGGUAAAUUAGAUGUUUUCGAGUCAGAGGCAUGUUUGGUCCACUCAAAAACCGUCAGUGAUUGACAGUCCAAACGGCUAAAUGCACCUUCUUAUUGAUAUUGAUACUGAUACUUAUACGGGGCCUGGGAAUGCGGGCGGUUACCUACCUAAUUUACAUUCCCAUCCUUUGUUACAUUUUUGUUUUUAUCUGCAAAUUUAUUUUCCACUUAACUAUUUUUUACUGAGCAAUAAUUUGCAUAGGUUUUGUGUUCUGAGGGUGCGCUUCAUUUCCUCCAAAAUGAGUGGUUACCGUCUAAAUGUACAUUCCAGUCCUUUAUCACUUCCUUUAUCAGCAGCUUAUUUUGGACUAUUGUACUGAAAUCAUUUUCGUGGGUUUGGGGUUUGGGGGUGUCUUUGGUUCUCUCAAAGUUUAGCCUUAAAGCCUAAAUGUCUUAACGUACUUUACGACUUCCAGUUUUCAUUUUUUUCAGCCACUCGGCUAAUCUGGGUGGGGGCGUGGUUGGUUCAGUCAAACACCAGCGGCUUACCACAUAAAUUUAUAUUUGUUUUUUUAUUUUUUUUUACAUACUGGGUUUGGUUCGCUCAAAAAUGAGUGUUACUGUUACAUUCCACCGUAGAAGUAACCGUGUUCAACACAGACAAUUUGAUCAUGGUAACAUCUGUUUUACGGUUUGUUAGUAUCAUCGCAAUAACAUCGUAUUCAUAAUAACUAUAACACGCAUGCGACGUCGCCGUAUUGUACUGAGCAGCCAAGACAGCUGUCCCUACUGGAUUUUUUUCUUCUCGGUGUUCUCGAAGCUUGUAAUAAAAUGUUGAAAAACAAAUCAAAGAAUUGGCGCCUCCUCCACAAGUAUUUUGCACACUUUCCCAACAGCAAUGUCACCAAAUGUGAACCUGCUUUUUGUAGCUAAGCUUUGCAUUGUAUUUUCUUUUAUUUUUGGCACCUUAUGAAUAUUUUGAUGUUAUUUUAUAUCCGACAGUCACCACUUUGGCGACAAUACAAAUGCUUUGUUUAAAAAAACAUUAUAGGAGCAUCAAUAAAUGUCUGCUGAUAUUGUUCUA